CGUGGCCCUUCGAGCCAGCUCCGCCCAGUUGUUCCUGCUUGAGUAGGGCAGAGAGCGCCGCCCAGCAGCCAGUAGGUUCCCGCGCGUGCCGAGACUCUGAGGCCUUGCACCCCCACGACCUCGCAGGAUGGCCGUCAAGAAGAUCGCGAUCUUCGGCGCCACUGGCCAGACCGGGCUCACCACCCUGGCGCAGGCGGUGCAAGCAGGCAUGAGCCGGGGCGGGCGGGGCGUGUCACGGGACAGACGGGCCUUGGUGACGCUGAAGAUAUUGACUAUCUGCGUGCCCCAAAAGGGUCCCACUACAGUGAUGUCUGAGGGCGCCCGGAACAUUGUGGCAGCCAUGAAGGCUCAUGGUGUGGACAAGGUCGUGGCCUGCACCUCGGCUUUCCUGCUCUGGGACCCCACCAAGGUGCCCCCACGACUGCAGGCCGUGACCGAUGACCACAUCCGGAUGCACAAGGUGCUGCAGGAAUCGGGCCUGAAGUACGUGGCUGUGAUGCCGCCACACAUAGGAGACCAGCCGCUAACUGGGGCGUACACAGUAACCCUGGAUGGACGAGGGCCCUCGAGGGUCAUCUCCAAACAUGACCUGGGCCACUUCAUGCUGCACUGCCUCACCACUGAUGAGUACGACGGCCACAGCACCUACCCCUCCCACCAGUACCAGUAGCACUCUGUCCCCAUCUGGGAGGGUGGCGUUCUGGGACAUGAGGAACAGAGGAAAGGGACAAUAAAUGUUGAGCAAAGAGCUUCAAAUUAUUCUAGAGAAA